CUGCGCUGGAGCUACCGAGGCACUGGGAGAGCAGCGGCGUGUGUGUAACGGUGGGGGUGUGUCGGCGGGGAAGGCUGUCCGGUGGCGCCCCGCGGACUCUUGGUGGCUGUAGCCUCCCGGGAGCCUGUCUCUGGGGCAUCGUGAGGUGGAUCGGAGAGGCCGGGCAGGAGCGGUCCGGGACAGCCUUCAUCCCGCCUGGGUUCUAUCCCCAGUCCCCAUCUCCUCUUCCUGACUUUUUGGGAUCUCUCUCUUUCCGAGGAGUCCAUGGAUACCUCGACGCCUUGGCCUCCUGUGUCCUCCCCGAUCUUCAACCCAGCCCCACGGACAAUCCAGAUCGAGUUCCCUCAGCAUAGCUCGUCGCUCCUGGAAUCCCUGAACCGCCACCGGCUAGAAGGGAAGUUCUGUGAUGUGUCCCUCAUGGUGCAGGGUCGGGAACUUAGGGCUCACAAAGCAGUGUUGGCCGCUGCCUCUCCUUACUUCCAUGACAAGCUUCUUCUGGGGGAUGCACCACGUCUCACCCUGCCUAGCGUCAUUGAAGCAGAUGCCUUUGAGGGGCUGCUCCAGCUUAUUUACUCAGGGCGCCUCCACCUGCCACUCCAUGCCCUCCCUGCCCACCUCCUUGUGGCCAGUGGACUCCAAAUGUGGCAAGUAGUAGAUCAGUGCUCGGAGAUUCUUAGAGAACUAGAAACCUCAGGUGGUGGCAUUUCAGCGCAUGGAGUGACCCCCUACCACACACUUCUUUCCACCACAUCUUCUCCAGGAGGCUGGUGCAUUCGUUCUCCUUUCCAGACCAUGGUGCAGUCCACUGCUUCUACAGAUAGCCCUGUUGGAGGGGAGGGGAGUGAACUGGGAGAAGUGUUACAGAUUCAAGUGAAAGAAGAGGAGGAGGAGGAGGAGGAGGAAGAAGAAGAUGAGGACCAGGGGUCAGCAGCACUCUCUCAGACUCCUCAGCCCCAGAGAGUGUCAGGGGGUUUUCCCCACUCUCAUGGAUCCCACCACCUGCCCCUAUCUGCUACUCCACACAGGCUUCCAGAGGGUGAGAGUGCUCCACCUGAGCCUCCUGCCCCUCCUGCACUGCCCCCCAAAAUCAUCUACAUUAAGCAGGAACCCUUUGAGCCUAAGGAGGAGCUAUCACGAGGUGGAACUCAGUCUGGAGGAGCAAAGGAGGAGACCAAAGUAUUUCCUGGAGGAGACGGGGACCUAGGGUUUCUGCUGCCCUCAGGAGCAGGGACAACAUCUGGGGGAGGAGGCCCAUCCUGGAAACCAGUGGAUCUUCAUGGGAAUGAAAUCCUGUCAAGAGAUGGAGGACCUGGGGGAAUGGGACAAGCUGUACAUGGGCCCGUGAAGCUAGGGGGAGCACCCCCUGCAGAUGGAAAAUGCUUUGGUUGUUUGUGUGGGAAGCGGUUUGCAGUGAAGCCAAAGCGUGACCGGCACAUCAUGCUGACCUUCAGCCUUCGGCCCUUUGGCUGUGGCAUCUGCAACAAGCGCUUCAAACUGAAGCACCAUCUGACAGAGCACAUGAAGACCCACGCUGGAGCGUUAUAUGCCUGUCCCCACUGUGGCCGUCGGUUCCGAGUCCAUGCCUAUUUCCUUCGCCACCAGGACCUGUGCAAGGGCCAGGGCUGGGCCACAGCCCACUGGACUUACAAGUGACUGCUGAGGCCAUACACUAACUUCCAGAAUAAGAGAGCCCCUGCUGCUGAUGGAUACUCACCUCUCACUACCUUUGCAAUCAUGCCAAAAAGAUGGAUAGAUUAUGGUUCUGCAGGUGAUCUCUUGUUCUUGGUUUGGACCUCAACCUGGCAGAUAUGAUAACUCAGAUUUUUCAUCUCACCCCAGGUUUCUGCUGACCAUGCUACAGGAAAGUGGUUUAUAUGCCACAUUUAAAUUUAUCACUUGCCCAUAACAGACCUUCCUUUCCUAGUGGUGAUAUGCGUUCAGGAAACCAAAUUUCAGACCAGAAGAUUAAAUUAUUUAGUGAGAGAAGUGUUAGAACAAAAAGACAUAAUGGUAAAUGUUUCAAUGUCUAUGAGGAGGUAAAGGAGCCGGGUCUCCAUCUAGGGAUACAUUUGAUUCAGAGUUUGAGUAAUUCAGGGACUAAGCUCUGAGCUUUCCUCUCCCUCAUCACUGCUGUAAUAAUGUGAGCAGAGUUCAUUUUCUGUAUUUUUGUUGUUGUUGUCUUUCUAGAAGUCUCUCAGAUCGUUUGCUUUCUCACCAGUAAAUACCUUCCCAAUGCCUUUAUUUUUUUAUGUUAUAGUUGAGCACUUUAAUAAAUUGGAGCAUUCCAGGUGUCGUUCCUAGAACACUCUUUAAGAGAGGGUAGUGUCCUUCAACAGCUUGUGCCUCUUGUCUACCUUUGACCACCACUGAACACUCAUAUUUUGAUUAUGGUGACUAGAAUGUGACCAGUGGACUCAGGAGAUGGCUACGAUUUAAAAUGUUCCCAGGGAACACCACUGCUUUCUGAGCAAGUUGUUGUGGACAGAGGGAUUCAGGGCUAAGAUAGCACAUGCUGAAGGCUGGAGAGUAACUGCACAGUGGGACUAUACCCUCUCCCUUUCCAUCCCCACCCUUACAUGAUGGGGACAGCCACAUUGAGAGGCAGAGGCUGUUGCAGGUUACUUAAUUUUUUCAAAUAAACUGCCCUGAAAUCUGAACUGACAGUGGACUGGACUGAGUAAUUUGUGCGGGAGAGACUAUAUAAGAACAGAGUUGCAGAUGUUGAUGGGGCAAGAAUGGGAUGAUGUCACAGAGAACACUGUCCUGGACUUUACCUGGCCAGAUUCUAAGCCUGACCUGCCACUGAAUAACCACAGGCAUUAAAGUUUGAGAAGCACUGCUCCAAAGGAAGCUGAUUCUUUCUUCCCGUCUGGAGUGUGGAUGUGAUGGCUGGAGCUCCAUGGCCACCUUCUCAACAUGAUGUGACCUUGAAGAGGGAAACCAAAUGCUAAGGAAGGAAGUGGGAAAAAUAGGAGCCUGCAGUGCUGAAGGCAUCAUGAAGCAGCCAAACUGCCCGGAACCGCCUACCUCCAGACUUUUUUGACACAAGAGAACAAACCUCUACCUUGAGAAGGAGCCACUCCUCACGUACAAACCUGGAGAAUCCAGAAAGCCCUAAGCAAGAGUGCCCAGAGUGCCUGGCAGGCUGAGCUGUGUGGCUCCAUUUGCUCCUUGGGUUGCGGUAAAUGUCAAAGCUGACAGGUGGUCUUUCCUACACUCCUAUCUUCAGAUCAACAGGUAAACCUGGAUAUAUUUUCCAUCUAAACAGAAUGUCAGCUAUUUAAGACAUCCUCAUGAGUCAGACAUACUUAUAUUAAGUUUUCCUGAGAAAUUAUGCUUUAAAAAUUUGUUUAUUUCUAACAUCCUGUAUGUCCCAUGUUAUGAACCAUUCCUCAUAUGUCAAAACAUAUUAUAUAUAUAUAUUUUAUCACUGUGCAAUUUUGGAGUUAAGAUAUUUAAACCCUAGAAAUAUUCUUAAUUUGGAAUAGGUCAGAUCUUGGACAUAUUGAAUAAACAAUGUUCUGCCAUAUUUUUAGAAAUGCUUCCAAAGAUUUGUCAUAUACUUAGCAAACUAAGAAUAGGAGAAAGUUUCCUUUACUUGUAAAGAUUAUAUAUCUAAAACCUUCAGGAAAUAUUAUACCGAGUAAAAAGUUCAGACAUAUCUCCUUUAAGGUCAAGAAAAAGAAAGAAGGCCUCUAGCACUGCUAAUAUUUAACACAGUAUUAGAAAUUCUAGUCAAUGCUAUGUGGAAAGAAAAAAAUAAAAGGUGUAAGGAUUGGGAGGGAAGUAAGAGGUAAAACCCACUGUGUUCAGAUGUUAUAGUUACCUAUGUAGAAAAUCAAACACAAUCAACAGAAAAACUAUUAGAGCUAAUAAGAGAAUUCAACAAAGUAGCUGGAUACAAAAUCAAUCAAUAGCAUUUCUCUCUACAUCAGCAAUAUGAUAAUUUUAAAAUAUAAACAAAAUAUCUAGAAAUUUACUUAACCAAGAAUAUGCAACAACUCUGAAGAAAACCUUAAAAUGCUUUAAUAAAGAACAGAGAAAAAGAGCUGAAUAAAUAGGAAGCCUUUUUCUGCUUUUGGAUGGGACCACUUACUCAGAUAUCAAUUUUCCUCAAAAAAACCCUACAAAUUCUAUGCAAUUCCAAUCAAAAUUUUCUAAUUCGAUUUUUUUUAAUGAGGUGAAAUUCACGUAACAUGAAAUGGACUAUUUUAAAGUACACAAUUCAGUGGCAUUUAGUUCAUAUACAAUGUUAUAUAACCAUCAUCAGAACAUUUUCAUCAACCCCAAAGGAAACCCUGUGCCCAUUAAGCAUUUGUCCCCAUUAACCAUUCAUGUGAAAUGUCCAGAUUAGGCAAAUACACAGAGACAAAAAAUAGAUUAGUGGUUGUCAGGCGCUGUGGGGAGGGAAGAAUGGGGAGUAACUGCUAUGCAUACAAGAUUUCUUUUGGAGAUGAUGAAAAUGUUCUAAAAUUAGAUUAUGGUGAUGGCUGCACAACUCUGUAUAUAUGCUAAGAAAACCGCUGAACUGUACACUUUAAAAGGGUGAAUUUUAUAUUAUGUGAAUUAUAUCACAUUUUUAAAACUGACAAAAGUUAGUAUUUCUAGUAAUUGGCAGAGAAUGUAAACAGGCAAUUUGCAGAUGAGGAAACCAGGAUGCUCAAAUUUGUUCAUGAUUAGAAACAUGCAAAAUUAAAAUGAGAUCCCUACUCUCAAACCCAUUAGACUGGCCAUUUAGAAAACGGGACAGUGCCACAUGGCGAAAAUGUGGGGACACAGGAGCCCUUCCUUGUGCACUGCUGAUGGGAAGUGGGAGCCAACUCAUUAAUCAGAGUAAAAUAAGUAUACACAAGCCUUAUGACGCAGCAAGUCCACACCUGGGUAUAUAUAUCCCAAGUUCUUGUGCAGGUCCUAAGAGAACUGUGGGAGUAGGUUCACAGCGGCAUUAGCUGUGGGGCAGGGAGUUGGAACAACCCUGGCAAAACAAGCCGCCCGUCCUGGGAGGAAGAUGGGGAAGAUGAGCAGGACGCACACUGUGGGAAACUUCACAGCAGCUGGAAGCACCAGAAAGAUGGACAAAGAGCCCAAGGAUGAAUCUUACAAAUGGAGUGCUUACUGAAAAAGAGAGAUGAGAUUUAACACAAAGUACUAAGUUACAAAUACACGUGCCAUUAGUCUAAAUACACACACACACAUACUAGUAACCAUCUUUUGAAAUCCCAUCGAUUUUUACAUGUUUAGAAUUGAUCCCGCCAGCAAUAAUUACCAACUUGGUAAAUAUUAGUAUUAACUAUUCCUCACAAAGGAUAAUUAAUUACUUGAUUAUAAACCAUUAUAAUUCCAUUUCAAGUUAAUAUAUGUAGGGAUGUUAUAAAAAUGCUUGGAGGAUGGAAGUAUAUAUAUCAAAAUGCUAAUUUUCUGGAAGGGUGACAGGAUUAUAAGUAAAUUUAAUUUUCUUCUUUAUACCUUCCUUUAUUAAGACUGUAAUUAUUACUGUGUGCAUGAAUUUUAUAAUAAAGAAUAAUAAAUAAAAGAAAAUACACUUACCCCAAGCAAAACUAUACAAAAAGACAAAAAGAUAAAUGUUGAACGGGAUAAAGAAUGACCUACUUUGGAGGGUGGGAUAAAGUGAGAGGGCCCUUACUUGACCAAUGAUGACGACAGCCUCCAACUGAGGAGUAUGAUUUACACAAUCCUCUACCGGAGAACCAAAAGAACUCCCUUGUCACGUCACAUCACAUUUUUUUAUUAAAAUUUACUCACAAGCUUAAUCACUCCCUUGGUUUUCAGACACCACUAACUAACUUGGCUACAUUUCAAAAUAAAGCGAUCUUCAAGAGAGAAAGAUGUCACAUCUGAGGCUGACAUCCCCUUUGAAGGCAACUCCAAAAACACUUUAAACAAGCACAGCAAAACUAAACUAAACUGAGUAAGUAUAUAGCUUUUCAGGAUCCUACCUUUAAAGGGAAAAGGUUCAAAUGCACACACACUCACAAACACACACUCAUGUUUGCUCAUGAAACCCUGCAGCGUCCUGUUGCAUAUACCUUCCCUGUUGUUCCUUUUUACUCUACUUUCAGCCCUGUCUUUGUAUAUUAAAACAUUUUAAAGAUAAAACCCCCCAUUAUUUAAGCUGUCUUUGGCAUAGUCAAGUUAAAAUGCUUCUAUAAUAAUCCAAACUGGCAGAACUCACACUAGGACUGUAACAAGAGAGUGGUUGAGCAGGUACUGGCAAACUGCUGCUGCACAAUGAAAUUCAACAGUACCCGCACCCCCUGGAACCCACCCCAUCCCAGAAUAUAAGCUCUCAAGGGAGGGGAUUUUUGUCAUUUUUGUUCACUGAUGAUCCCAAGCAUCUAUAACAGUACCUGGCACAUAUUAGGUAUGAAAAAAAACAAUGUAUAAAGCAAUAAAGUCUUGAUGAAAAAUAAAUUACACAUGCAUGUGAAAUCAAUUUACAGAUGCUUCCAAGGGAAAAUGAUACUGAAUAUGUUCCCACUAAUCUAUGCAUUCAUCCAAUAAUUCACGAAGCUAAUACAUAUUUUGUCAAUCGAAUACUUUGAUGUUAAAAAGAUAUGGAUUCUCGCCAUAGCAGAAAUGAGAUGUAAGUUAUGGAGAAAAAGACAACAAGUGGCAUGUAUACACAGAGGACAACCAUGUAAAACGUGGAGGUGCCAGUCCACCCAGAUGGCCACGAAGGGCACUCAGGGACUGAGAGUGGCAAGAGACACAAGAUCAACCCCCUGUCCAACCCCUCACUGCAGGGUACCUCUAAAGUGUGGCUGAGGAGCUCUCCCCCUGGGGUUCAGGACUAUCUUUGAUGUAACUUGGAAAGCUGCAGUGGAGAACAUCUUAUGGGAACAUGUCCAAAUAUGUAUAACAGGCUAUCACAUGGCUUCUGACCCCCAGAGCACUCAACGCCCUCUUUAUGAAUUCCUGAUGUAGUUUGAUUUUCUGCGUAGUUUUUUACAGGGAAAACAUGUGACGAACUUGCAGAACAGUCUUGUAUGCUUGCCAGAUAUAUUUCUCAUUGUAAAUUUGCAUGCUGGUUAAUUAUAACAGCUUGGAAGCUUAUAUAAAUAUCUAACAAUAGGGAAUCAGUUAAGAACAAAAUUCAUUACUGUGCAUAUGGAUAAUGUAAGACUAUGUAGCCGCUAAAAAUAUUAUGUAAAAGAAUAGAUAAUGCCGUGAAGGAAAUGUUCAUCAGAGAGGACAUUUAAAAAAGCAGGUUAUAAAACAGAAUAUAUCAAAGGAUCCCAACUGUGUUAAAAUAAAAUCGUUCAUAAAUAAACCUGGCAGAACCUUUACUAAACGUGGGAUUAUCUCUCUGGGUAGAAUUAGAUAUGACCUGUUUUAUUUUGCAAUUUUAUAAAUUUAUGUCUCUUCUUUUCUGUAUUUUCCAAGUUUUCUAUAAUGGACAAUAAUUAUUUCUGUAAUCAGAAGAUAAAAAAUAAAUGAUUUUUACCACCACCACAACAGAUCUGGAAGCCUGAAUGUCUACCAACUGGAAAAUAUCAAACUGAUGAAAUACAAACAGUAGUUAUACAGACCAUGUACCAAAAGGGGGCAAAUGUUUGCUAAAAAGAAAACUGAAACAGUACACUGUGACUACAGCUACAUAAAAAGAUGUCUCCAGGUAGCCAAAGAUCGGAAGAUGAUGGGCAGAAGUGAAAUAGCUGAGCUAGUACUUUGUUACUGAAACAUUAUUUGUAUUUUUUUCUUUCAUAUUUUAACACUUUUUUUGUUUUUUAGUUUGUGUCUUUUAUUUCUUAAAUAUCUGUUUUUGGUAGCAGCUUUGUUGAAACAUAAUUUGCAUACCAUAUAAUUCACUCAUUUAAAGUAUACCAUUUAAUAGCUUUUAGCAUAUUCACAGAUAUGUGUGGCCAUCCUCCAGUCACUUUUGGAAUAUUUUCAU